GGGGGGGGGGUGUUAUGUCAUAUUGUGAGUGGGUGGGAUAUUGGGGGGAAUAACUAAUGUCAUAUCAAGUCAGUUACUUGACGAUCAAGCUCAACAUGUUACAGAAGAAGCGGUGGGUGUGAUGCGGUCAGGUGCCGCUCCAUUCAUUCACUGGACGCUGCGUAGCAGAGCCAUCGUGCGGGAUAGCAAACAUGACAUCGAGCCUGGUGCCUUAGCUGAGGAGGUGGAGGAGGACGGUGACUCGGCUCAGCGGGGGCGGCAUGGGUUGCGCACCCAGCAUCCACGUCUCGCAGAGCGGCGUCAUCUACUGCCGCGACUCGGACGAGUCCAACUCGCCACACCAGACCACCACCACCAUCUCGCAGGGGGGCGGCGGCGGCGCGCUGCACGGCCUCUUCAUCAAGACCGAUGCGGCCGACGCCAUCCCGUCCGUCAUCGCCUACCAGAGCAGACAUUCGAGCUUCAACUCCCGCCGGGAGCGCCGGGAUACUGGCGGAGGCGGAGGGGGCGCCCACGUCCUCAUCGAGGCCGAGACGCAGACCGGCGACGCCGGCGUCAAGCAGGUUUCCUCUACGGAACGAUGUGUGGGACCCAUGAGAGUGAGCCAGGAGCCCAUUCAAGUGUUGCUUGUAUUCGCCAAAGAGGACGGCCAGAGCGACGCUUUGUGGUGGGCGUGUGACCGCGCCGGUUUCAGGUGCAACAUCGCCCGGACGCCCGAAUCUGCACUCGAGUGUUUCCUGGACAAGCAUCACGAGAUCGUUGUCAUUGAUGGGCGCCACUCACGCUACUUUGAGCCCGAGGUUGUAUGCCGUAUGAUCCGUGCUAGGAAGCACUCCGAAAACACUGUUAUUCUCGCCGUUGUGCCACAAAAGCCAUCUGACCAGGAUGAAUCGUCUGUUUUUCCUCUGCUAUGUGCCGGAUUCAGCCGAAGGUUUGUGGAGAACACCAGCGUGUCGGCGUGCUAUAAUGAACUGGUUCAACUUGAGUACGGAGAAGUGCGAUGCCACUUCAAACUCAGGGCUUGUAACUCGGCCUUCACGGCUCUGGAAAAGUGCCAGGAAGCCGUGGAGAUCACCAGUGAAGACCACAUCAUACAGUACGUGAACCCCGCCUUUGAACGCAUGAUGGGCUACCACAAGGGUGAACUGAUCGGCAAGGAGCUGACCGAGCUACCGAAGAGCGACAGAAACAGGGCAGAUCUCUUGGACGCUAUCAACACCUGCAUUGAAAAAGGAAAAGAAUGGCAGGGAAUUUACUACGGAAGAAAAAAGUCGGGUGACAGUAUGGCACAACAUGUGAAUAUAACACCAGUCGUCGGGCAAGGAGGGAAGAUCCGACACUUUGUAGCCAUCAAGAGACCACAUGCCGACAACAACAGUCAAUGUCAGGUGCACAAGUAUAACAAGGAGGAUCUGUGCAGCGUUGAAUACUCACACUCAGAGUGCCACUCUCUACUCCACCGCGAUAGGAGGAAAGACUCGAUGGAUUCGAGAUCACUCAGCUCACGCAGCAGUGACGCCGCCGGUUCACAGAACCGCAGACACUCCUCCAUCGCCAGGAUUCACUCCAUGACCAUCGAGGCUCCCAUCACCAAGGUGAUCAACAUCAUCAAUGCUGCCCAGGAGAACAGUCCGUUGACGGUGGCUGAGGCUCUGGAGCGCGUUCUGGAGAUCCUGAGGUCUGCCGAGCUCUAUUCGCCUCAGCUGGCGUCCAAGGAUGACGACCCGCACACAAAUGACCUGGUCGGCGGGCUUAUGAGUGGCGGUCUGCGGCGGCUAUCUGGCAACGAGUAUGUUUUCUCGAAAAACAUCAGCCAAAGCCAGCUGGCAAUUCCGGUCGCACUGAGCGACGUCCCUCAGUCCAUUGCUGACAUGCUUAACGAUGAGGAAUGCUGGGAGUUCAACAUCCUCGACUUGGAGGCGGCCACGCAUAAGAGGCCGCUGACUUACCUGGGCCUGAAGAUCUUCUCCAGUUUCGGGGUGUGCGACUUCCUCGACUGUACGGAGACGUCGCUGCGCUCUUGGCUGCAGCUGAUGGAGGCCAGCUACCACUCGUCCAACUCCUAUCAUAACUCAACGCAUGCUGCCGACGUGUUGCACGCCACUGCAUACUUCUUACGCAAGGAGCAAGUCAAGAGCAGUCUCGAUCAGCUGGACGAAGUGGCGGCGUUGAUUGCGGCCACUGUGCAUGAUGUGGACCAUCCCGGCCGCACCAACUCAUUCUUGUGUAACGCUGGCAGCGAGCUGGCUGUCCUGUAUAAUGACACGGCGGUGCUGGAGAGCCACCACGCUGCCCUCGCCUUCCAGCUCACCAUGCGCGACGGCAAGAGUAACAUCUUCAAGAACAUUGAGCGGAACCAGUUCCGAACGUUGCGACAGGCCAUCAUUGACAUGGUGCUGGCCACGGAGAUGACGCGUCAUUUUGAACACGUCAACAAGUUUGUCAACAGCAUCAACAAGCCCGUGGUGGCCAUCGAGGACACCAACACUUGUAGCAUGAGCAGCGACUGUGAGGGUCAAACAAACAUGAAGAACUCUCCAGAGAACCGGCUGCUGAUCAAGCGAAUGCUAAUAAAGUGCGCCGAUGUGGCCAACCCAUGCAGGCCGCUGGAGCUCUGCAUCGAAUGGGCGGGGCGCAUCUCCGAGGAGUACUUUGCUCAGACGGAUGAAGAGAAGAGGCAGGGGCUGCCCGUGGUGAUGCCAGUGUUUGACCGCAACACCUGCAGCGUGCCCAAGUCACAGCUCUCCUUCAUCGAUUACUUCAUCACCGACAUGUUUGAUGCCUGGGAUGCAUUUGCCAGCCUGCCGGGUCUCAUGGAGCACCUCUCGGAGAACUACAAAUACUGGAAGACUCUGGAUGACAUGAAAUGCAAGAGUCUUCGUCCUCCGCUGCCAUCUUGACUGCCAACAUCGUGGCGGUCCUCACAUGGAGGGGACACGUCUGUUGCCUGAGAGAUUUUUAAAAGAAAAACAAUAAUUAUUACACAUUAGACAUGCAGGUGUGACAGAAACUGCUGAAACUACGAAGAUUGUGGGUUGUUCGCAAUGUUUUGUCCUUGUGUUAAAUGAACUUUUAUAUGUCAAAACUCCAGGUAGGGAAAAUACGCGUGCUGAAGAAAAAAUAUAAAACAUCCCUACUGUUUGCGUAUAACCAAAUAGCACCGCCUUGUGGAUAUAAUGUGUUCCUCCAGGCUCCUUGGAUGAAAGGAUUGAAGGCUGAUUCAUUCUGACAUAUGGACACCAAAUUAGUGAUUUAACGGUCAUGUUUAGACAACUAUCUAAUUUGAAAAUGCCAGGUCAAUGAAAGAAAUAUAAGCGAAAAACAUGGGAAUUGAAAGAGCCUAUGACCAUGGAAGGACUUGUGAAAGAAGAUGGCAGUUUACAUGUAUUCAUAAUGAGGAAAAAAGGUUAUGUGAACGAGCUCUGUGAUGUCUCAGUUUUGGAAGUGCUGCUGUUGAGGUAGGACAACUCUGUGGAGCAGACUACAUUUUACUUACAAAGCAGGUUAAAAUGAAUUUGUUUGUUUAAAAAUAUAAUGAUACGCUGGGUACUGGUUAGCACGUCCGCCUCACAGUGCAGAGGUGCAAGGUUCGAUACCGGCAGAUGUGAAUGCGAAUGUUCGUCUAUGUCUGAGUAAGCAGCGAUUAGCUGGCAACCAGUUCAGGGUGUACCCCAAAGACAACCGGGAUAGGCUCCAUGACGCCCGCGACCCGCGUGUGGAUAAAUGGACGAGAAAAUGGAUGGAUGGCAUUGUUUUCGUGUGCGAUCAACGAGUAACACGUGACUCCACUCAGCCAAUAGAGCUAAUAAGCACUCAGACACUGGACAGCGCGCUUGCAAGCAACAUCU